AACCAAGGUAACAUGUAGGCCUUGUUAUUUAUUUUGGUGAGGUGCCAUGCUUUAUGAAAGAAGAUGAAAAUAGCUAAUUUGUGGAGUUUGCUUUAAAAGGAUGUUGACUGACAGUUCAUCAAUUUUAUUCGUCAAAUUCAACCUAGUAAGAGUAUUGUCAAUUCAAUUUUUUUCACUAGCAUGCUCUUUUGUAUAUUGGUGCGAUCUUCAAAAAUUAUAGUGUUGACCUUUUGGAUUUACUCCAUAAACAAUUGGAGAUUACAUGGGCCAACUACCAAAUUCAUUACCUAAUUUACUGUGGUCAUUGUCUUCACCACAAAAAUGAAACCAUGGUUAAAGUAAUUAACAAUAAUUGCUAUUUUGACAAUUUAGAUUUUGUCAAUGCUAAAUUGUUAUUUUUGUGUUUCAUAGCCCCGUACAGCCUUUGGGGAGGAUGGCACUACCAGAAAAAAAAAGUCUUGUCUUUGUCCUAUGUUGAAAACAAUUCUAAGCAAGAAGUAUGCUUUCUGCAGCAGCAAGCUUCCAAGCAGGAAACGAGCACCCAGGAUCAGGGGAAGCUGCAGGUCACUGCAGCCCAGCGUGUAUCGCAGCAGCAGGGUGCAGCCCAGCAUGCACCACGGGAUCAGGAAAAGAUGCAAGUGAAUGCAGGCCACAGUGCAUCACAGUAUCAGUGGAAGACCAGAGAUGCAAUCAUGAGCAAUGAAGAAUUAGAAGACUUGAUUGAAUCAAUACCUUAUCAUGAUCAGAUUAUUCAUUCAAUUCAAGGGAUGAUGCCACAUGGUCUGGAAGUUAUUAGUUGAUGUACACGUGUAAUGAUUAGGUAGCUUUAGUUGUAACAAACUUUCCCUCCAAAACAGGUAGUUAGUUAUUUUUGCUUUCUUUGUACACGAUUGUAUAUAAAAGGAUAGAGAUAGUGAAUUAGAUCAGUUAGUUGGAUUGUAAUCUUUUCUAAUCAAUGAAAAUCAGUUUCUAUUUA